AUCGACAACAUUGUUCCUCGACGUGUAGACAUUCUGCAAAACAGCUUUCAGAGAAUAUCAAGACGGUUACUUUAUUGCAUUGCACCAAUCAUGGUGGAAUAUCCUUCAAUUCCCGGGACAGAACCGCUUCCUUAUCGCGCUGCUUCACCUAUCGACGAAUCAUCUCUUCCUAAUAGUCUUACUUCACCGCCUCCCCCUGAGCCCAACUCGAAAUCGAUAUUUGCUUUCUGGCAUACUGGAAUCCAUUCAUUACACCCGAAUUCUCUCCGAAACAUCAUCGCGUGGCAUCGCAGACUCUCGCCUUUGGGAUGGACGGUCUACGUACUGGACACGGUGGAGGGCUCCCCACGAAACAUCGCGAAUUAUCUCGACAUCACGUCUCCUGAUGUCGUGCCCGACGCUUUCCGAAACAAAACAUUGAUUGGCGAGUACGCAGCGCAGCACACAAGCGAUUUGGUGCGAUUUCCACUGUUGCUGAGGUAUGGCGGUGUCUACAUGGACGUCGGCAUUCUAUUGUAUGGUGAUCUCGAUGCGCUUUGGACUCAACACAUCAUGAACCCAGCUUCGCCCAUCGAUUUCGCGGGUUUCACGUUGGGGGAAUUCCCGAACAUCUCCAUUGUGAAUUUCACGCUGAUCAGCGCGGCCAACAACCCCCUCAUCAAGCGUGCGCACCACAUAUUUUUGAAGCUUUGGGAGGGCAAGAACACUACCACGGGGGCGCACAAGCAUCCACUGGUCAGUCACGUACCGCUGAUGCGGGUUCCGCCUGAGCUAGUCACAAACGAGGACGGCAAAGGCAAGAUGGCUAUCAACGACGAAUCAAUGACCGACUAUGCGGUGCAAAUCCAAUGCCUUGGAGCUGUUGAGCGAUGGGUCGACGAGGAAAACGGGUGGGAUGGCCCCAAAUACGUUCGUGAGAAAUGUUGGCUCUUCAGUAUGAUGGCGCAUUCGUAUGCGCACGAGCAGUUGACAAAUUGGGACGGUACGCUGCAGCAGCGUCUGUUCUCAUUACCGCUGCCUGGACCAGGGGAAGAAGAGUCAGAUGAUCAAAAGCUGGCGAGGAGUAUGGUGGAAGUUGUGAUUAGAGAUUCUUGGUGCUUGAAGCUGGGUCAUGGCUUCUCGGCGAAACUAUUUGGGGGCGACACUCUGGGGAUACGAUGGAGGAAAGUGGUCGGUAGCGACUGCGUGGAAGGCACGUACGCUGGAUGGCUGAGGUGGGCUGAAGUCAAUUUGAGACAGAAGGGACUGUUGGAAAGGAUUUACAUUGGCGAUUAUGAGCCGACAAUGCGUGGGAGAAUGUUGGGGGCUGACUAG